CCAGCCUUGUAUCCGAAGCUAGAUUCCUGGUCGCGAACGAAUUUACCCACAGACUCGGGCAAACGCUGCAGAUCCGCUUGUUAUCGCAAGAACCUGUACAGACAGGGGAACAUGCCUAGACUCUGGGAAGUGACCCAUCAAUUUUCAUGGAUAUAUGCUCCUCGUGUAAUCCUUUAGGGCGACCUAUUACUAAAUACACCUCUUGCCACGAGCCCAACGCUUUUUCCCAAAAGCCCCCAUGGAACUUCGAGACGACCUCCAUCUACAUGAUUCUCGAGAAUAUCGUGAGGAGGUUACCGGGCGGGAGACUGAUCCAGUCAAUAAUGCCACAGAAUUCGACAAGCCUAAGAGAUCCCGUGCGAACAAAGAGACGAGAGGAUUGACGAUAGAAGGAUACGAGCCUGAGAAAGAUGAGCUUGGAGGAACGAUAUCUGAUAGUCCUAAGAAGAGCGCAAGCCAAUCGGUAAAGACUGAGGAUCAACAGGAGGAAGAUCAGUAUCCGCGGAUUGCGACAGCCGACGAUAUCAACAACUUGCCUCAUGUCAUGGCGGAUAUACCUGCAACAGCAUGGUUGCUUAUUUUCACUGGCGCGGCGUCAGCUUUUGCGCGAUAUGGCGCCACAACACCAUUCCAAAAUUAUAUCCAGAAUCCCCCAGGCAACACCCAGCUUCCGGGAGGGUUGGGACUUGGUCAAGCGAAGGCCACAAUUGUUACAAGCGCGUUCUCGUUUUUCAUAUACUUGACACCGCUCCCGCUGGGUAUUAUCUCAGAUGCAUGGCUGGGUCGCUACCAUACAAUGAUGCUCUGCUUGGGGCUGCUGGUCACUGGAUAUAUCAUACUGGUGAUCACGGCUCUCCCAAUUUCCCUGGAGCAUAACGCUGGACUCGGUGGCCUUAUUGCUUCAAUGGUCUUCAUAGGACUUGGUCAAGGAGGGCUGAAUUCGGUAAUCUUUGUCCUCAUUGGAGACCAGAUUCCCGACACUGCACCCGUUGUCACGAGACGAAGGGGAAAGCUUGUAGUCGUCGACCGACAAAUCACCAUUCAAUUUGUUUUCAACUUUCUCUUCUGGGCCGUCAAUCUGGCCUCUCUAUCCAUCAUUGCGACGACAUUCAUGGAAAGAGUCAGCUUCUGGGCGGCGUAUCUUAUACCACUCAGUGUCCUAUCGAUCAGUGUAGUACCCAUCUUUGUUUGGCGUGGGCGUCUGGUCAGACCGCCUCGUCAAGAGAACGUCAUACCAAAAGCGCUUAGACUGGUCCUCUUGGCUUGCCGUAACGGAUUUCAUCUGUCUGCUGCGGAUCCGUCUCAGCGCCAGAUAGACGUCCCGUGGGAUUCACGGUUCGUAGGCGAGAUACGGCGCGGUUUCAAAGCAUGCCAAGUUAUGAUCGUCUUCAUAAUCUUCUGGCUAUGCUAUAACCAGAUGUGGAACAACAUUGUGUCACAGGCCGGACAAAUGGAGCUAUACGGAAUCUCUAAUGACACGAUAGUUUUUUUAAACGUUGCCGCCGUAGUCUUGCUAGGACCGAUUAUCCAACGUUUACAAGAGCUUCUUAGGCGGUACAAAGUUUCCUUCGGCCCAAUCAGACGGAUGUCCGUAGCGUUUGUGCUGAAUGCGGUGGGCAUGGGGUAUGCGGCUGGUUUGCAGAAGCUGAUAUACUCCCGGGGCCCUUGCUAUUCUUAUCCCCUGACGUGUCCUCAAGCGUACACAGAAGGAGUCCGAAGUCCUAACAAUGUAAAUGUAUGGCUCCAAGCUCCAAUUCAUUUCUUACUUGGUGCGUCGGAAAUUCUAGGGUUCGUGACCAUGACGGAGUACGCUUAUGCUGAAGCGCCAUCAAACAUGAAAGCAGUUGUCCAGGCCCUCUCGCAGCUUACAAUAGCACUUGGCUCGGCCUUGGGAAUAUCCUUGGGACCAGUUUCUCGGGAUCCGUGGUUGGUGAUACUGUACAGUUGCUUAGCAGCGACAAUGGGAGUAAGCGCUGUAGUAUUCUUUCUUCUUUUCUAUAAGUCAGAUUAUACAAGCGAUGUCCAUAAGGUCGUUCAGGAUAAGGAGAAACUCCAGGAAUAGGUUUGAUGAAGCCUAGCUGCGAGGUUUAGCGCUAUUGAUCCUACCAUUACUGCUAUUAAGCUGGCUUCACGCAAUGAUUGAGCAGGUGUUUCAGUUAUGAUCUUAAGUGUGAUACAGGUGUGUUGUGGAAUGAUCUCAGCAGCGGUUACGCAGACUUAGCAAGGAACGGAUGUCAGCUCAGUCUAAUCUGACAGAAGUUACUCAUCACUCUGUAAUUGCCAAAAUAGUAGAUCCGUUUGCGCCAGCCACGAGUGAUAUGCCAUCAAUACUUGAAGACACCCUCAGCUUGUGGUACGGUAAAUUAGGAC